CAGGCAAUCAUAUAUACUGAACAAUUUAUGUUAUAUUUAAAAGUAAUUGUGCAUCGAGUCAGGCUUCCUAAGCAACCAAUUGGCCCGGUUGCUAGAGAGGGUAGAGUCACGUUGGGUUAACCUCCUUGUGGUCGCUAUAAUAUGGCUCGCUCAUGGUGAGUUGUGCAUGGAUGCCACAGAGAAUAGGGUGAAGCCUCCACACGCGCUAUGUCUCUACAGUAACUCACUCAACAAGCCACGUGAUAAGAUGCACGGAUUGAUGAUCUCAGACGCUGAGGCAACUGAGAUUCCUCCUCUGCUACCCGGACUGAGCCUUUGAAAAUAGUCGACUUGGAUCACAUUCACAGCACCCUCAAUAACACAGAUCAACAAUGUCCUCGACAUCACAAAAACACAAGGACUUCGUGGCAGAGCCCAUGGGGGAGAAGUCUGUGAUGGCACUAGCAGGAAUUGGUGAAGUUCUAGGAAAGAGAUUGGAAGAGAAGGGCUUUGACAAGGCAUAUGUUGUUCUAGGACAGUUCCUGGUACUGAAGAAAGAUGAGGAGCUGUUUCGGGAAUGGUUAAAGGAUACAUGUGGAGCAAAUACCAAACAGCAAGGCGACUGUUAUAGCUGCCUGCGCGAGUGGUGCGACUCUUUCCUGUAGUUUUUUUUUUUUGCUGUUGUAUCUUCAGAAUUUUUCUCCCCUUGUAUGUCGAAUACAUUUACCUCACUUUAUCAAACUGACUGUUUGGACAUUGUUUGGAUGUACCAAUACUAACAUUUUAGCCCAGAAUUGAACAUUGUUAUAUCACUUUAGAUGUGGACACUUAUAAGAUCACCGCUCCUUUUGUGUGUUGUUCAAAGCAUCAUUCAAUGUUGCGCACUGGAUGUUUAGUGUGGAGGGGAUUGGUUUAGUUUUUGACACAAGAUUAAUUUUAAUUGUUCUGUAUUUGAGCAUCAACAAAACAAAAUCCCUUUGCCAUGUGCGAUUCAGUUCAAAGGCUGCACAUAUUUGUAUGCACCAGUAGUGCAAACACACUGAUAACAUUUUCCUGGUAGCCUGCCUUCUGUUUAUUUUAAUGAUGUUUAAAGGUUUUCAUUGAAAACGGCCAAAUUGUAUCAAUGCUAAAAAGCUUUUAAAGUUUUAAGUUUGUCACUGUUUUUUUUAACAUCUAUUACCUUAAGGAUAACAUGCAUAAUGGUAUCAUAUGGUUUUAUGUCCCCAACCCCCAAAUUGUCUUUCACUAAAUUAAAAUGCCUUAAUGAAAUUAUGGAUUUGUUUUUAAUGCAUGUGUACUUCAAAAUGAGUAGACCUGUGAUUAAGAGUGUAGCCUUUUCACUGACACUGUAGAUGAUGACAUUUGCUGCUCUCAGAUGUUUUAAGUUGCUUCAUGGAUAGUCUGUGAAAAACACGACAUAUUUUUUGUAUGUCUUUAAAAUGUAUGGAGCAAUUUUUGAACCUUUGUGUUUUGGAUUUUAAUUCUUUUGAAAUAAAAUAUAGGUGUAAUAACAGGGAGUGGUGUUUGGGUUUGG